ACAGGGUGGACAACCGUUGUAUAAUAUUAUAUUAUUUUACAUCUUGUAUAAUCAUAGUUAUUACAUUUCUUUAUCUUUGUCAGACCUGCCUGUCUAUAUACCUACAUGUGUGGUGUUGUAGGUAAGAAGAGACAAAACAAAACUAGUUGAGAUUUGACAACAUUCCGUCUUCCAUCACCACCUCAGUUUUUCCCCCCUUCUUCCCAACUUGCGAUCGAACUCGACGAAAACAACCGAGGUUUGGAGGAUGCAUAGGUCACGAUCCCCACCGGCUUUCCUAUUAUAGGCUGGAAUAAUGAGAGUUGCGAUUCGGGAGCAGUUGGCUGCCCUCGUGCUGCUUGCUGUGCUAGUCGCGCUCGCUAUUGUCGCUAUACCCACCUGGAUAUACGUAAACCGCUUCGUUGUUGGAGUAGAGACUGAUGGGCUCGCCCUAACCGCGUCUCUUAAGGCCGCCCGUGUUGCCUCCGAAAUCGAACUGAUCCAGACGACGUGCAAUCAUAUAGCGACGAGGUUGCUUCUUCAAAGCGCUCUUCUGUCCUUUUAUCGUGGUAACGAAUCCGAUGCUCUCUGGGACUCUGCAACCGCCGAUAUUAUCAGCGCCUUGAUUACUCCGCCGGGUGUUUCGACAAAUCUUCUACAAGCAAGAGUCUAUUCGCGGAACCAAACUGGCGCAGAUCGUCCCCGUGGACUGAUUAGCGCAACCAGUAGUAACAUCUCUGAAGUUAGACUACCCUAUAAUGCGCCUGAUGGUUCCCAAGCCAUCUUGGGUGACAACCCUUCGGGUUAUCCGCCAUCACUGUAUCCAAAUAUCACAUAUUAUAGUUCAGCAGAUCCCGACCCAGCUUAUCCUAACCACACCGCUGUUGUAGCUAGGCCGUUCCCAGACAUACGAAUUGACUCGAGCGUCGAUGGCAUGGUAUUAGGCCCCCUUGUGAUCAAUGAAACAUACGCCCUUGUCUCGUUGACCAUUCCGAUCCGCUAUAAUCGAAAUGAUGAUAUAAUACUUGGCUACAUGACCACGAUUGCCGAUGCUACAUCGCUCAUAAAGAUCGCCGCUUCUAAAGAAGGACUGGGUGAUAGCGGUACUGUGCUAGUUGUCGGUCCCUCGACAGGAUGGAAUCGGUUUAGCAAGUAUAACUUACCUGCGAACGCGAGCCACGAAGCCGCGUCUAACUUCUCGAAUGCCGACGUCAACUUUGUCUUACCGCCGCGUGCGAUGUCUGGUCAGCCCGAUAGGCAUACGCUGCAUAACUAUAGGUCUGGAAACUUCAACAAGCCUUUUAAAGUCUCAGGUUAUAAUGCAGUGUACAAGGCCUUUACUGUUCGAAAUCCCUCGAUUAACAAUGCUAGCAGCAUGCUUUCCACCAAAAACGAACAGGGUAUUGAUGUUGCCGUCGGAUAUGCUCGGCCGCCCACUACUUUGGUAAAUUGGACGCUCAUCGUCGAACAGGACAAGGCCGAAGCUUAUAUUCCCAUCGAUACACUUCGGCGUAUACUUCUUGCCUGCGUUUUCGGAACCGUUGGUCUUACUCUACUCUUGGUGAUACCAUGUGCGCAUAUGAGUGUUAUGCCUAUUCGAAGGUUGAAGGCCGCUACUGAAAAAUCUAUCGCUCCUCCUGGCUAUGCUGAAGCGUAUAUGGACGACCUGGAUUAUGAUGACGAUGACGACCAUAAUGGAUCAGGAAGUGGCAGUCGAAAAUCUGCUAAUGGAGUUAUAAUUCGGCUGAAAAGGCUGAUUCGAAACUCUACGCGGCUGAAGAUAGCACCCUCGACGUAUGAUAGCGAGCCGCGAAGGAGGAUUUUCAAGAUUCCUGGCAAAGUUAACGACCGAAAACACGUCAUAACCGAUGAGCUUACGGAGUUGACUACAACUUUUAACGAGAUGAGCGAGGAAUUACUAAGGCAAUAUACUUCCUUGGAGGACAAAGUCGCGGAGCGAACACGCGAACUCGAAAUUAGCAAGAAAGCAGCCGAGGCCGCCAACGAAAGCAAGACGCUAUUCAUUGCGAACAUCUCUCACGAGCUUAAGACGCCCCUAAACGGGAUCUUGGGCAUGUGUGCUAUCUGUAUGGAGGAAGAUGAUCUGACCAAAAUCAAGCAAUCUCUGAAGACUCUUUACAAGUCUGGAGAUCUACUCUUACAUCUCCUUGAAGAUCUUCUGAGCUUCUCGAAGAACCAGAUCGGCCAACAACUAAGCCUAGAAGAGAAGGAAUUUCGGUUGGGCGAUAUCCGGUCGCAAGUUGCGACCAUUUUUGACAAACAAGUUCGCGAAGGUUCGAUAGAUUUUUCGGUUGCGUUCUUAGGUACCCAGCCCGAUGCGAGUCCCGGUCCUGAGCAGGCAGAAGUCGACGAGAGACUCCCCGCUAUCGGUCCCCUUGGGACUGGUAGAUUGAAGGACAUGUGCCUCUGGGGCGACCAGCAUCGAAUUCUGCAGGUGCUCAUUAAUCUCGUCAGCAAUAGUCUGAAGUUCACGCCAGCCGGGGGAAAAGUAUCAGUAAGGAUAAGAUGUCUACGCGAAAUCGAAACCCCUUUCGAUGUGAGCAGGUCCUCGUCUUUAUCUAAAAGUGGCUCUGGUCGUCCAGGUAGGUCCAGGCAUAGGAUGGGUUCGGGUUCGAAUAAAUCCAAGAGCUCAAACGAAAUUUCAACUCCUCAGUCCCAGUACAAGGGAGGAGGCACAGCCUUGUCCAUCAAUCCCCUGGACCCUAAAGCAGCACCAUACGUACGCACACGCGAGAGAUCUCCAACUCCACCUCCACCAAAUGCAAAGUCAUUCCUUUUCGAAUUCGAAGUUGAGGACACUGGUCCCGGCAUUCCGGAGCACAUGCAGCAGCGGGUUUUCGAACCUUUUGUCCAGGGUGACCUGGGCUUAAGCAAGAAAUUUGGAGGAACUGGUUUGGGGUUGAGCAUUUGCCAGCAGCUGGCAAAUCUAAUGGGAGGAAGUAUCUCUUUGCGGAGUACUGUCGGCGUCGGGACUGUCUUCACUAUGCAAAUCCCGCUGAAGUACACUAAAGACAGGCCUUCUAGUACAGCCUCAAGUAGUAUCAAGUCACGCCCAAAUAGUAUCAGUAGUUCCGCUGAGGGGGAUACAAGGAAGAAUUCUAUGACACUAACGCAGACUACGGCAGAAGCAAAAGCCAAUGUACUUGAUCAGAAACCGCGCCUUGUCGGACUCAGCCAGCCUUUCUUUGCUACCACUCCCAAUUCUAAGGCAGGGACGCGCCCAACUCCCGACGACCAAAUGAAAGCCAUCGAGAUGGCGAAAGCAACCAAAGGCGAUGGAAGACUGCGAGUUCUUGUUGCUGAGGACAAUCCUACAAAUAUCGAGGUUGUUAGCAGGAUGUUGAAACUGGAAGAUGUGUAUGAUGUGACCAUCGCCAAAGAUGGCCAGGAAGCGUACGAGCUUGUGAAGGCCAACAUGGAGAACAAUCUUUAUUUUGAUUUAAUAUUCAUGGACAUUCAAAUGCCUAACCUCGACGGCUUACAAAGCACCCGUCUCAUCCGGAAGAUGGGAUACUCAGCACCUAUUGUGGCAUUGACAGCGUUCUCGGAAGAGAGCAAUAUUAAAGACUGCAUGGAAUCCGGGAUGAACGAAUUCCUGAGCAAACCCAUCCGUCGGCCGGCGCUCAAGCAAGUCCUUAAGAAAUUUGCAACAAUCCCCGAGGAACCAGAGACGGCAUCUCAACUGACGAGGAAGAGUACCCCAGAGAAGGGCAACCGACCUAUCACAUGUCAAGUACCAAAUGGAGAUAUUUCCGCUACCUCAAAUUCAAUCUCAAACCCUAAGGGGCAGGUCAUUACAAAUGGGGCUCAUCCAACUACGAAUAUACCAAAAUGAUCUCACCAAUAAUCAUCAAUCACCUCAUUCUUUUUCGCAUAUUACUGAUACCAUGCUACACACGUAGCUCUAACAUUCUUCUAUAUAUACAAUCUUUGACUCAUCUUUAAUGACUGCUAACUCUAUUGUUACACUAUUU